AUGUCCUUAGUGCGUGAAUCCACCGAACCCACCUUGGUGACAGUUCGGGCUCUUAGUGUAAGCAAAUACGAGAAACCCUCUCGGGCAUCCAGUGCGGAUCGAACGUCGACUUCUUCAAUCCCAACGGAACCAGAGACGGGUAAGAAAACCGAUUGCUACAACAACGGCGCUAGUGAAAAGCGCAAAGCCCUCGUCUACAAUGAUGGUGCCUUCAGUAUCACUUUGCAUCACUACGAUAGCCUGAUUAGUGAACUCAAGUGUCCGGGUUGUGCGCAACCGUUCUAUGGAGCCAUCAAUCUGUGCCAAAAUGGACACAGCAUCUGCUCACGCUGCACCAACCGGGUUAAUUCAUGUCCACUGUGCCCGAAGAAGAUAACCGAAAUGCGAAACUACACGCUAGAAGCGAUCGCAAGUAAGGUGCAUUUUCCUUGUGAUCAUGCCGUCCGCGGAUGCACCGUCCGAUUGCCGCUGGAGCUGCUCUGGUGGCACAAAGAUCGAUGUGGUUUUAAGCAAAUCGAGUGCUUUAUGGGAAAGGUGUGGGAAAACUGUCGCUGGAUUGGGUGUGAGAAAGAUUGGAUCGAUCACUGCGUAGCCGAACAUCAGGAUAAGGUGUACAAUUCACCGGAUAUUGUGCUAACUUGGAACUACGCUGCCGACAGCCAGAGAUGCAUUCAACUUCAAUCGGUUAUUGCGUACUAUGUUAUUCGCGCUUACGGCGAAUACUUUAAUGUGUACCAAAUCUACGAUCAGAACAGCCACCGGUCCAUUUGGACGGUGAUUUGUGCCACCAAAAAGUCCCGGGUAAGUAGCCGUUUCGCGUUCGAGUUGGAGCUUUACUCGCCCAUCGAAAGCUCCAAGCUGCUGGUGCAGCGCUUUCCCUGUCAUUCGGAGAGCGAUGCGGACUUUUUGAAGGACGGAAAUUGCGCCAAGAUUGCGCUUCAAGAGGCGAUACGGUUCAUGACCAAGGAAAAGGUGCUAUACUAUCGCAUUCGCAUCAUCGAGGUAGCUCCAUCGCGAAGUCGCAGCCUGGUUCUAAUCACGCAAGGUCUUCAACUGCCGGCACCACCUUCCUAUCAAGCGCUUCCGUUGAACUAUUCCAUCACAAGAAUCGAAAAUGUCAACCUAAAAGCCGUUGCCGAAAAGAACAUUAUCGUUCGCAACGGGAUUGAUUCGGCCGAUAAACAUAGUCCAUCAACGCAACAGGACCUGGAUCAACUGAACGUUCACUCGGAUGGGUCAUCGUCCGCUUCCUCCACCAUCACCGAAGGCGAUCCAGAACAAGCCGAGCUUCCGGAGGAAGACCGGCAGGGUUUAUCCAGAUCAGCAAUAAAGAAAGCCACCUCGACUCCAGUCCUAGGUCGAGUAAAUUCGUUUCCCAAACCACCAAGAGUGCACAUCCAAACCAAUCCUACGACAUAUGAACUUCCUUCGCCUGAUAUAGGCGUCGGCUCCGAUGGGCAACACUUGGUACGAUGUCGACUAGUGGAACGCCAAGAUAGUAUCAAAAUGAAACCGAUUUACAGUGGCAAAACGGACAGUGCCUCCUCAGAGUUGCAUAAAUCCAGCGAAAGUUUGAACUCGUAUUCUAAAGGACUUUCGAAAUUCUAUAAUCUAACGACAUAUAAAGCAGCCUCGAAGUUGUGGGGUAAAAAAUAA